AUUAUAUCAAAAUCAAAAAUUUUUUAUCUUUUAAAUGUUUUAAUUACAGAAUAUAGGUGAUAAUACUAAUAUAAAAUAAGAUCAAUCUCACCCUUCAACUUCUGAAAAUAAUGAAUUACCAACAAAACGAUUAAAAAAUAGCCAAAAAAAAAAACAGGAGAUAAAGGAGAAUCACUUAAAAAAUGUAAGUUUUUAAAUGCUAAUGAAAAAAUAUGUGGAAUUCUUUACAUUAAUGAUGGUUCAACUGAAAAUGCCAUCAACUAUUUAUUAACUGAUCAUAAAAUAUCAAAAAAUGGUAAAAUUAAUAAACUUCGUAAAUUUUUAACAGAUUGGAUAAUUGAUAAUCUUCAACCAUUAUAUGUUAUCCAAAAUCCUUCAUUUCAUCGGCUUAUUAGUGAAUUAGAUUCAGCUUUUAUUAUACCAGAUAAAAAAGGUAUUAAGAAAGUUAUUGGUAAUGCUUAUAAUUAUACCUUACUAGCAUUAAUUAAAAAAAUUAAGUUAAAGACAAAAAAUGUUUCAUUAACUACUGAUAUGUAG